AUGUUGUUUUCAAUUGUGAGCAUCCCCUUACGACGACGGUACCAGGUCAGCCGACGCAUGCAUCGCUUCUGGCCAAAGGUGAAGACGAACGAUUGGUAG